UAUAAAAUUUAUAUAGAAAUAGUGCAUUUUAAAAUUAAAUCUUUAGCAAACGCACACAAUGGAUGACCAAGGAAGAAAAGUGAUUGUUUGCGACAAUGGCACGGGCUUCGUAAAGUGUGGAUACGCGGGCAGUAACUUUCCUGCUUUUAUUUUCCCGUCCAUGGUUGGCCGGCCGAUCAUCAGGGCGGAAAAUAAAAUUGGAGAUAUCGAUGUAAAGGACAUUUGUAUUGGAGAUUUGAUGGUGGGCGAUGAAGCUUCUCAACUCAGGUCUAUGUUGGAAGUCAGCUAUCCUAUGGAGAAUGGAGUUGUGCGCAACUGGGAUGACAUGUGCCACGUGUGGGACUACACGUUUGGGCCGAGUAAGAUGAAUGUAGAUCCCCACGAGACUAAGAUACUGCUCACCGAGCCGCCCAUGAAUCCUACUAAGAAUCGAGAGAAGAUGAUUGAGGUAAUGUUCGAGAAAUACGGUUUCGACAGCGCCUAUAUAGCCAUUCAGGCUGUGCUCACAUUAUACGCACAAGGACUUAUUUCCGGUGUUGUCGUCGACUCGGGUGACGGCGUGACACAUAUCUGUCCUGUAUAUGAGGAGUUUGCGUUGCCGCAUCUGACGCGGCGUCUGGACAUUGCAGGUCGGGAUAUCACACGGUAUCUCAUCAAGCUUCUCCUUCUACGAGGCUACGCGUUCAACCAUUCCGCGGACUUCGAAACAGUGAGAAUGAUGAAAGAGAAGCUCUGUUACAUUGGAUACAAUGUAGAACAGGAACAAAAACUCGCAUUGGAGACUACGGUGCUCGUUGAGCCUUACGUUGUAAGUAUUAAACAAGUUUUCAAAUUCAACAUAAUAUAA